UGAACAGCACUUACUUCAGUGCAGACCAUAGUUACUUAUUACUCAUCGGUCAGCCGUCAAAUAAUAACAUACAUCUUCUCACCCUAAAAGCUCACCCACACCAACGCAAAACCGCGUUAUGGCUUCACUCUCCGUUUCGCGCCACAACCACCUCUUAGCGGGUCUUCCGGCCCGGCACAAGCCCACCUCAAGGCCCACCAGGGUCCGAAUGUCCCUCCGCGAUGACGGCCCCUCCAUUGCCGUCGUCGGCGUCACUGGCGCCGUCGGCCAGGAGUUCCUCUCCGUCCUCUCCGACCGCGACUUCCCCUGCUCCAUCAAAAUGCUGGCCUCGCAGCGCUCCGCCGGCCGCCGCAUCACCUUUGAGGACAGGGACUACGUCGUGGAGGAGCUCACGGCGGAUAGCUUCGACGGCGUCGACAUCGCGCUCUUCAGCGCCGGCGGGUCCAUCAGCAAGAAGUUCGGCCCCGCUGCGGUGGAUCGGGGGACAGUGGUGGUGGACAAUAGCUCCGCCUUUCGGAUGGACGAGAAGGUGCCGCUGGUUAUUCCCGAAGUGAACCCCGAAGCGAUGCAGCACAUCAAAGCUGGAACGGGAAAAGGCGCGCUCAUUGCGAACCCUAAUUGCUCCACCAUUAUUUGCUUGAUGGCUGCUACCCCUCUUCAUCGACGAGCUAAGGUGUUACGAAUGGGUUUGUCUAGGACAUCAGCUGCCAGUGGUGCUGGUGCUGCUGCAAUGGAAGAGCUCGAGCUGCAAACUCGUGAGGUUUGGAUUAAGCUUUGUCUGUGUAGUUUGUUAGCUUGGUUUGAGCUGUCCUACCAUUGA